GAAUAAUCAAUGUCAUUAUCAUUAUUAUUAUUAUUAUUAUUUACCAAAAUCAACAAGUUGUCGUCAUUUUAUAUAUAUUAUAAAAUAAACAAUGGAUAGUCCAGAAAUUGAGGAAAAACCAAUUCUUGAAGCUUCAAUUGUAUAUUUAUUGAUGAAAAAAGGUUUUCCAAUAUCAAGAAAUGUCAGGGCACAAUGGAUACUUGAACAUCUGGAUACAAUUGUUUGUAUUAAAGAAACAAAAUAUGAUACAAUAAAUCACAAUGAAUCGUUAGAACUUGAAAUUGUAUCAAUAAUACCAAAAAUUAAUAAUAAUUGGAAUAGAGAUAAUUGUCAUGAAUUUCAAUAUAAAAUAACAUCAUCUUCAUCAAUAAUAUUUCUUGCUCAUAAAUAUCGUAUGGUAUUUUGUCUUGAUCUUAGUCCAUCACUUGGUACAAUUGACAUUGAGCAUGGAGAAGUUGUUAUUGAUGAAGUGUCAAUGGCAACAAGACAAUGCUUGGAAAAUAUAUCAAAACCUUUUAAAAUACCAGGAAGUAAACGUAUAUUUAAACCAGAAAUAUAUGUUACAAUUAUUGUACAUACACCAUUUUUUACAAAUCCAGCACAACAAGUAUUGGCACAAGGUUGGCUCAUAAGCUGUGAUAAUAUUGGAUAUUUAAUGAAUUUAAUUGAAAAAAAAUUACAUUCAUUAGAGGAUAAAAUUGCACGAUCAGAAUCAAAUAAAUCAUCAUUUAAUAUUAUUAAAAAAUCACACAAUGUUAAUGAUGACAAUGAUGAUGAUGAUGAUGAUGAUGAUGACGAUGAAAAAAGUGAUAAAUUAUCUCUUAGUUCAACAACAACAACAAUUAUUAAUAAUAACAACAACAACUUUUCAAUUGUAUCACCAGAAGCAAGUUUUAUAAAUAUGCUUAGAUAUGGAAUGCUUGCAUUGGCAUUAUUACCUGAACAUAGCUGUGCACAUUUAGUUAUUGUAUCUGAUGGUAUUGUUGGUACAACAGAUGUCAAUGUACUUGAUUAUGUUGUACAACAAUUACGUGCAUCAACAGUUGCUUGUAAUUUUAUACAUUUAGGUAGUGCUUAUCAUCCACCAUGUGCUCUUGGUCAUGUACCAUAUCAAGAUUUAUUAACAUUUCUUGCAACAGCAACACUUGGCUGUUGUAUUAAUUUUACACCUCAAUUAUCAUCAUCAUCAUCAUCAUCAUCAUUAAAUAAUAAUGACAAUGAAAUGAAUAUGUAUCAAAUUAAUUUUUUAUCUUGGCAAUUGUAUCGUAAUCAAACAUCACCAAUAACAACAUCAGCAUCAACAUCAACAACAAUUGAUGAUGAUGAUAAUGAUGAUGAUGAUGAUGAUACAACAAAUUCAUAUUGGCAAACUAAAAAUAGUAAAGUAACAUGUACAUUAAAUAGUUUAUUAUGCUGUAGAUUACGUGAUGGUUAUUUAAUUAAAAAAGUUGGAAUACGUGAUGGUAUUUUAGAAAUAUGUUUUGUAUUACCAUGGAAAAGUCAUGUUCAUCUUGAAUAUUUAAUAUCAUGUGUUUGGCCACAAAAAAUAUCAUCAUCAUCAGUGGCAGUAGCAGCAAUAGAAUCAGUUGCAACAACAACAACACCACCAACACCACCAACACCACCACCAUUACCACCGCCACCACCACCACCACCGACAACAACAAUAGUAGUGGUACCAUCAGUAACACCAGCAGAAGUAUUACCAUCAGUAACAACAGCAACAUCUACAACUACAACAUGUACAACAACUACAACAACAAAAAUAACACCAUGCAAUACAAUACAAUAUACAAUAACUGUUGAGGCACCAUAUGAAUUUCUUCAUGAUAUAACAUGUACUAAAAAACCAUUAAAAUCACGUUAUCGUCAAAGUGUUGUAACACGUUUUUGGUCAACUUUAAAUAAUUUAACUGGCAAUGAUAAUAUGUUGGAACAUUUUAGUUGGUUUCCUGAGCCUGGUUGGACAUGGUACAAUGUACCAGAUACAAUACGUAGUGGUAUGCCUGUAUUUUAUUUACCAGCAUUUCCAUUAGCAACAUCAGUACAAUUGAGUGAUGCUGCAUGUCCUCAAUUUGGUAAAAUAUGGAAACCAGUUGCAACAUUAGAUUCAAAUCAAUGGUCACGUUGGAUGCAUUCACAACGUGUUACAUUAUUAUUAAAUCAUGAUAGACCAUUACCAAAAUAUUUACAUCAAGCUAAUCAAAGUGGUAGAUUUCAAUCAAUAAUAUGUCGUCAAGCAGCUGUUGUAUUAUAUACUAUGUUAAAAACAUGGGCAACAUUUGUACUUGUUGAAAAUCAUACAUAUGUACAAUUUAUUUAUCGUGAAACAGAUAAACCACCUGUAUCAUUUUCAGUUAUUAGAAUUAAUUAUAAAGCAUUGUGUUUUGUUCUUCAUGUUGCAUUUGCUGGUGGUACUGAAGGCUAUGUUAGACACAAUGUAUUAAUUGAUCUUAUUGAUAGAUUAUCAAAAUUAACAUUACCAACAAGACCAACUGCUACUGAUCAAUUGAUUGAAAAUAAAGAAAUACCACAACCAUCAUCAUCAUCAGCAUCGUCAUUAUCAUGUUGUACUAUUAUUCAUAAAUCAUUAGAAAGAAUACUCAUUAGAUAUGAAAAAAUGCCAACUGAUUUUAAUACUGUUGUUUAUCCAGAUGGUACACAACCAAUUAUUAACAAUAAUAAUAAUAAUAAUAAUACAAUUGUGCCACAUUAUGGUAAUAUAUCAACUGGUCAAUUAACAACAACAUUAUCAAGAUAUUUAUAUCAUUUUCGAUGGUUAUGGAAUAUUAAAAAACCAAUAAUACGAACAUUACCAAAAAUUAAUGUAUCAAAACUCAAUACAACUGAUAUUGCACUCGUUCUUUCAACAAUAACCAAAAUGAGAUUAAAAGAGGGAUUCAAUUUUGCCUAUUCUGCAGCAGGUAUUAUUAAUAUGGUACUUGAAGUUCAAAUGAAAGGAUCACUAAAUGAUUAUCAUCCUUGUUUAAUACAAUACAUAAUAUUUCCACCUCACACAAUAAAUACUUUAUUAGUUAAUAAAAAAAAUAAAAUUAAUAUUGCUGAUGCUGAUGCUAAUGACAAUAAUAAUAACAACAACAACAACAACAACAACAACGAAGAUGAUAAUGGUGAUGGCGAAGGAUGCAAUGAAGAAAAUGAAAUUAAUACAGAUUAUCAAAUUGCAACUGAAAUAUGGAUUGAGCCUCAGUUUGGUAAAAUAAAAUGUCAACGACCAUCAGCAUCUUAUAUGGAUUCAUUGGCAUAUUAUGAACUACCUCAUACUAUAUCUCGUAUUGAUGAAGAAUGCAUAAAUUGUCUACUUACUAUGGAACAUUUGUGUUUAUUGAUACAAGAAGAAAGCAAUGAAUCAUUAUCUGAUAUACCAAAUAGUUAUCAUCAAUACAUACAACAAAAAUCAAAUUUAGGUAAUUAUAAUCAAUCAACAACAACAACAACAAAUAAACGUGGUGGUGUUGCUGCAUCUCGUCAUACAUCAUUAUCAUCCUCAUCAUCAUCAGCACCACAAUUACGUACUAUUAUUAAUAAUGAAAAAAUAAACAAAGUUGAAAGGAUAAAUAAUAAAUUAUAUAAUUUUGAUGUAUUGAGUAUCCUUUUAAAAUCUCAACAAGCUGAAUUAUUAUUUUCCAUGUUUACUGAUGAUAUCAUUAAUAAUGAUAAUGACAACGAUAAUAAUAAUGAAAGUGGAAAAAAUAAUAUGAAUAAAAUAUUUAUGGAAGGUAUUAUGAAUAAAAUGAAAAAAAUUCAUAAUAAAGAAUUGAUAUUUACAAAUAAUGAAUCUGAAAAAUUUACAAACAUGAUAUUUUCAAGAUCAAGAGAUGAAAAUAUACCUUAUCCAUUUCCAAUAAAUACAACUGAUAAACUUAAACUAAAACAAAAAAAAGGUAUACGUUGGCGUUGUUUUAUAAAAUCCAUCAAUACAAAUUCUAUUAUCAUAACAAUAUUACCUCAAACUGAAAAAGAUGUAAGAGCACUAAUGAAUCCAUCAUUUUGUCAUCAAAAAGACAUCAACAUCAUCAACAUCAACAAUAUUAAUAAUAAAAAACAUGUUCGUCGUGAUAAUGGUACAAUAUCAAAAUACUAUGUUCCCAUGAGAAUGCUUGAUUGUGAAAAUAAUAAUUUAUCAAAUCGUCGACGUCGUUGUCGUCGUCGUAGUAAUAGUCAUAGUCAUAAUCAUAGUACUCCUAAAAUUACAUCAAAAAUUGAAAAAAAUAAGACUAAAAAAACAAAAGCAACCACCCCUUCAUCAUUUGGUAUUAAAACAAGUCUUAUUCUUCCAAUUUAUAUUUAUAAUUGUUCAUUGUCAUUAUUAACAGAGUCAUUUAUAAAUAAAUUAAAAACUCCACAAUUUAAUGAUAUUUAUCAAAAUAAUAUAUUUUCAAAUGUUCGUAAAAAUAAUAAUGAUGAAAUGAAUAUUAAAACCGAGUCUAAAAAUGAAGAAUCAUCAUCAUCAUCAGACAAUAAUUUAAAAGAAAAUGAAAAAAUAUUAAAUGAACAUUGUAAACUUAUAAAUUUAGCACAUUGUCAUUGUUAUGUUGUUGCUGUUUAUAAAUCAUUAACAUUACAAUUACAAAUGUCAUAUGAAGAUAUGGAAGCUGCUGUUAAUCAGUGUGAAGAAACAAUGAUUGAAAUUAAUAUAACUGAUUAUUUAAAAACUGUAUGUAAACAUAUGAAUGUUUUAAAAAAAAAUGAUAAUAAUAAUUAUCAAGAUACAACAUGUUUGGAAUAUCAACAACUUCAUAAUUUGAUAAAAGAUAAAUUUCGUCGAAUAAUGAAUAUUGCCUUUAGACCAGUAUCAGCACAUCCAGAAUUUUAUUAUUGUUUACCAAUUAAUUCAUCAAAAAUAUUACAGAAACAACAACAAGAAGAAGAAAAAGAUUAUCGGUUUUAUGAAAGCGAUGACGAUGAUGAUGAUGAUGACGAUGAUGAUGAUCAUCAUCAUAAUGAUGAAAAAAACAAUGAUAAUUCUGUUGAUACUAGUAAACUUGAUACAAAUAAUCAUACUAACAACAGUGAUGACAAUGACAAUGACAAUGACAAUAAUGAUGACGAUGAAAAGAAUAAAGAGAAUACUGACACUGACAGUGACAGUGAUAAUGAUGAUGAUGAAAGUGACGUCGAUGAUGACAAUGAUGAUAAUGAUGAAGGUGAUGAUGAAGAAGAAGACGAUGAUUCUAAUAAUUAUAGUGAUAAUGAAGAAAAAGAUGAUGACAAUGACAAUGACAAUGAUAGUGAUAAUAAUAAUAAUAAUAACAACAAUAGUGAUGAUAAGAAUAAUGAAGAAGAAAAGAAAAAAAAAGAUGACAGUUAUAGGAAUGAUGAUGAUGAUGAUGAAGAUGAAGAUGAUGCUAAUAUAAAUGUUUUUAAUUUCAAAGAUUUUGAACCAAAAUCACAUCGUUUAUUUAAAUAUUUAAAUAAUAAUAAUUGUUAUGACGAUGAUGAUGAUGGAAAAUUAGAUGUUAAUGAUAUUUAUAAUUCUCAUGAAUCAAUGACAAGUGAAAUGAAUGAUUAUGUUAAAAAUACAAAUGAAUAUCCCUUAUUUUUACAUUUAAAAUGUUCAGUACGUUUUCAUCAAAGUGAAAUAUCAAGUAUACCUAUUAAAUUAUUGCCAACUUGUUAUGCAGCUAUUAAAAAAUUAUUUGGUGAUUCAGAUGCAUUUAAUUUGGAUGAAUCAAUAAAAAUAACACUCGAUAUAGUAUGUUUAAAUUUACCUAAAAAUGUAUUGGAUAUAAAUUUACAAGAAUUAAAUAAUAAUAAUACUAAUUAUCAUCAAAAUAAUCAAACAAUAUAUUGUGAUAAUGGAUUAUUAUUAUUAUACAAAGAUAAAAUAUCACAUUUUCCACAACAUCAAUAUGAUGUUAUAACAAAUUUAAUAUCUGAAAUUGAAUGGUUAUUAAAGGAUGAAAUAGCAACAGCAUUAUUAGAUCAUUUACCAUCACCAACAAUUGAUACACUUAAAUUUGUAACAAAUCAUGUUGCUGAAUCAUCAAAUUUAAAUAGAUCAAGUUGUUUUGUUGAUAAAAUACCACUACAUUUUGUUUUUCCAUCAGUAAAUAGUGCACCAAAAUUUUUCAAUGAAUUAAUUAAAAUGACAAUUGAUAGAUAUAAAAUAUCACAACAAGAUAAUUAUUUAUAUUUUAUAAAAAAUAAUAAUUAUCAACAAGAUAAUCUUGACAUCAAUGAUGAAAUAAAAAAUAAAAAAUUAAAUAAUAAUAAUAAAAAAAAAACAAAAAUAAAAACAAAAAAUAAUAAUAAAAUAAUAAUAAAAUUAGAUGAUGAAAAACAAAUCGAUAAUAAUAAUGAAAAAACUGAUGAUGGAUAUGAUGGUGGUGAUAGUAGCAAUUCUGAGGAUAACAAUAAUGAUAAUAAUAAUGUCAAUAAUAACAACAACAACAACAACAAUUGUUGGCUCGUUAAUUUAGAUAAAAAAAGAAGUUUAUUACCAAAUUUUUGGCUUAUACUUCAAGUUCGUCGUAAUCAUGUUGAUGUUUAUUUUCAUUGUAGAUUUUUAGAAUGUGCAUUACCAGAAGUUGAUGCAUAUUUACAAGUACAAAAACAAGUUGUCAUUAAAAUAUCAGAUAUUUGUAAAAAAGUCAAUCAAUAUUUAUUGUUGGAAAAUUUACAUGAUUCAAGAAAUUGUAGUUUUUUAUUAGAACCAGAAUCAAAUGAUAAUGAUGACAAUGAUAAUAUCAAUAAUAACAAUAAUAAUAAUAUUGAUGAUGAUGAUACUGCUGCUGUUGGUGUUGGUGUAAAAGCAACACCAACAUUAAAUGAUAAUAAUAAUGGAUUUACAAUGAAAAAUAAUAAUGAAACAAUAAUAAAUAAACAGCCAGGAAUGUUUAAAUGUCCAGUUGUUUGGCAAGUACCAUUUAAACUUCAUCCACGUUUAAAAACAGGUCCAGGUAAAUCUGGUUUAUCUCGUGGUAUAAAAGCACUUCAUUUUGUACUUAAUCGUUUUUCUGUAAAUAAUAGAAAAAAUAUGUUUGUUUAUCGUGAAAAUAAUUCAAAUGUAUUUUAUUUACGUUUACAUGAACAAACAAAUGAUGAUUCUGUUUUUUCUAGUAAAAAAACAUUACAACAAAAUCAAUUAUCUGAGAGUGAUGAAAAAUUAAUAGUAUCACGUAGCAGUAGUAUAUCAUCAUUAUCACAAUCAAAAAAUAAUUCAUCAUUUAAUAAUGAACAAAAUAAUAAUAGCAAUAAUAAUAAAUAUGAUGAACAACAAACAAGACCACGUGUUAGAUCAUUUGGUGAAAAAGAUUCAGAUAAUAAUUAUAAAUUAUGUAGUAAUGAUUCAAUAAUAUUAAUGAUACAUGGUAUUUGUGAACCUGGUCAUGAAGUUAAAAAUGAACUUGUACAAGUAUUACAUAAACGUUUAGAUGAUGCUGUACUUGAUUUAUUAUCUGUUAUGUUGGCUAGAAAUCCAAUGUGUAAAUUAACACCAGCUGAUGUACAUUUUAUACAAAAACCAUUAUGGCCACCUGAAAAUUAUGUACAAUUUUCAUUUGAAUCAUAUUACAUACCUUAUUUAGAUCCAUUAAUAUAUUAUUUAAAACAAAAUAUAUUACAAUUUUUAAAUACACCAAAAUAUACUGAUUAUCGUGCUGAAUAUCAUCUUCAAGAUUAUUCACAAUUAACAGCUGAAAUUAAUAAUGUUAUUGAUGAUGAUAAUAGUAAAAAUAGUAGUAAUAAUGAUAAUGCUACUAAUAUUAAUGAUAAUGAUGAUGAUGGUGAAUAUAAUAAAAGUACAGAUGAUAAUAUAUUUUUGUAUAAUCAAAAUCAAUCAAGUGGCAGUACAGGUAUUGCAUGUAUUGCAAUGAUAAUACAUGAUAAAAUUAUCAACAACAAUAAUAAUAAUAAAUUUCCAAAUUAUUUAAAAAUUAAUGAUUUUACAAAAAUUUUAUCAAUAAAUGUAUUUAAAAGUACAAUGCCAUUAUCUAAAACAAACAAUGCACCAAUUGAAUUUAGAAUAUGGAAACAAGGUAAAGUUAAUAUUGAUACAUUAAUUGAUAAAUUAAGAGGAGCAAUUAAACAAUCAAUUUGGGAUCUUAUUACUGAAUAUCAUUUAUUACCAGUGCCAUUAAUUAAUAAUAAUAAUAAUAUCAGCAACAAUAAUUUCUUGCAUGAAAUUUAUUAUAAAACAUUGCCUUGUUGGUUUAAAUUUUCACUUGAUAUUGAUGUACCAGCUGUUAAAAAACAUAUUAUUAAAUUUAAUCAACGACAUUCAAUACCAACAAUUAUUAAAGAAAUUCAAAAUUUAAUUAUUGAAAAUGCACCAGAUACAAUGACAAAUGCAUUUGUAUUAAAAAAUAAUCAGCCAUUUUUCAUUGACGAUGAAGAUAAUAUAUCAAAUGAUGUAUUAUUGCCAUUUAUUAUUAACAACAUACAAGAUACUAGUACUAAUACUAAUGAUGAUGAUGAUGAUGAUUUAACUAAAAAAAAUUAUGUGCCAUAUGAAUUUAAUAUUGAUAUUGAUAAGGAUAAUGAUAAUUUAGAAGAUGAUUUAUUUUAUAAAAAUGCUAUUGUUAUUGGUAGAAAUUUUGAUCAAUGGAUGGCAUCAAAAAGUUUUGAUAAAAAACCAGAAGCUGAAAUACUUUUGCCAAAAAAUAAAAAAUUAUUACAAAAAUUUAAUCCAUUAAUUAAAGAUGAUGGUCAUUUUAUUCCACGUCAAAGAUUAUUAUUAUCAACAAUUCAAGAUGAUAAAAUUAUUUUAUUUAUGUAUAAUUGGUCAAAAGAACGAUCAGAAAAAUUAAUAAAACAAACAACAGCUCUUGGCUCUUGGAUUUCAUCAAGAUCAACAAUAUAUAAUAAUAUUAUUAUCCAAAAAAUUGGUAUAUUUCAUCACCAUCAUCAAUCAAUUGAUAAUAAUUAUUGUCAUCAUCAUAAUCAUAAUCAUAAUCAUAAUCAUCAUCAUCAUCAUCAUCAUAAUAGCAGCAUUAAUAAUACAUUAAAUACAGCCAUACAAAUUGAAAUAUCAGAUAUUGAAAGUUUAUCAAAGUUUCCAAUAGGAAUAAUUGAAGAUAGUAAAGAUUGGUCAAGAUCAGGUAAUAUUAUUAGUCGAAAUCAAAAUAUUAAUAAUAAAAAUUGUCAUUAUAUUUGGGAUCGUAUUGUUGGACUAUCAAUGCGUGAUAUUGAACAAUCAUCAUCAUCAUCAUCAUCAUCAAUUGAUUGUACAAUAUCACAACAAAAAAAAAUAAUUGAUCCAGUUGUCAAGUGUAUUAUUGAUUUACAAGAUUUAUAUUAUCGUGAACGUAAAACAAAAGAAGAUUUAUCAAGAUUAUAUAAUUUUUGGCAAAUAAGAAAUGUUGCAUCAAGUAUUCCAGUGGUUUAUCAAAAUCUUGAAACAUUUUUACAAUAUGCAAGACUCAUACAUUUUUGUCAAACACCAAUGUUAUUUCUUUCAAAAUGGCGUCUUGAAUCAGCAGCAACUCGUGAUUAUUUAUUAACACCAUCAACAUCAACAACAACAAUUAUCAUCAAUAAUAAUAAUUCAAAAAAAUUAAAUGAAUCAUCAAUCGUAUUAAAUGAUAAAAAAAUAAAUAAAUGGCAUUAUGAAUUAUGUGCAACAAUGCUAGCUGAUUAUAAACAAUAUUUACAUAUGCUUGGUUUUCAAACAGUACAAAUUGAACAAAUAAAUAAUAUCAAUAAUACCAAUAACACCAAUAAUAAUGAAUUACAACAAGUUUGUUAUUUACAAAAAUCAAUGCUUGGUGGUGUUAUAUUAUUUGAAAUUGAUAUGAAUCAACCAUUUUUUACAGCUAAAAUAUUUGCUAUUGAAUGUAAUCGUUUACAAACUAAAACAAAUCCAACAUUAAUUAAUCAAUUUAUGCUGAGUUUUAUUGAUGAAUGUGAUAAAAUUAAAAAAAAUAUGCAUUUACAUUCAUUUACAUAUGAUUUUCAUUUACGUUGUAUGCAUUUGUAUCUUGCUGGUUGUGGACAAUGGCCAUUACAUCAAAGUUAUCAUUUAAUACAAUUUUUAGAUGACUUUAUAAAAUAUUAUAGUAAAGCACCAAAUUAUGCAAGAAAUUUAAUAUACAGUGAUACAAUGAUUAUUAAAAAUUUACGUACACCAGCAAAUACAUUGUAUUCAUAUUUAUUAUCAAAUGAAAAAACAUAUGGUAUGCAAGUAUUUUCAAUGAAUAAUGAUCAAUCAAUAAUUGAUGAUGAUACUAUUGAAUAUGCACUUGUACGUUUACAAAGUACACCACUUGUUGGCUAUUGUGAUGAUCAAGAUAAAAAAUAUACUGAUGAUUUUUAUGUUGAUUUAAUUGUAUCAAAACAUGAUUUAUCAUCACAAGCCAUUGAAAAUACACAAAUAUGUAUUAAAUUUUAUUUAAUUUUAACAAGUAAAAAUGAACGUUAUCCAAAAAGAGAUGUUGAAAAUAAUGAAUUUGGUAAAUUUAGAACAGUAUACAGUGUUAAUAAAGUCAAAAAAAAUGAUGAUACAAAUAAAGUUACACCAACAACAAUAGAAACAAUAGAAACAAUAGAAACAAUAAAAACAACAACGACAGAAACAACAAAAUUGCCAGAAAUAAUUGAAAUAAAACAAGAUAUUUUAACAAUAAUAAAAGAAGAUGAUUAUGCUGAUGAAAACCAACAUGAGCAAGAUGAACAAAAUUUGGAAAAUAAAGAACAAGAAAAUCAAGAAAAAAAUAAACAAGAUGAAGAACAAGAUAAACAAGAGCAACAAGAACAACAAGAUCAAGAUGAUGAUAAAAAAAAUACUUUGGCACCAACACCUCCACCUGUACCAAGUUCACCAUUUAUAACAACAACAACAACAACACCACCACCACCAAAUACAAUCAAUCAAAUACGAAGAGAAUCUGUAAAUUAUCUUGGAUAUUAUUCAUCACAUGAACAAUUAAUGCAACAAUUAAUAAUAUCACAAGCUCAAGCAGCUAGAAAACAUAUUACUAAAAUGAUUGAACAAGGCACAAUUCAUUGUAGAACACAUUUAUUAUGGAAUAAAUUACUUGAAAAUAAAUCAGCCAUGAGUUAUACAGAAUUUUUAGAAUUACAUUCAUUGGCUAGAGUUACAUCUUUAUCGAAAAUUGAUGAAAGAUUGAGUCCACUUGUUAAUCAGCCAGUAUCUUGGUAUCAAAGUCUUGCUAAAGUACUGCAAAAUAAAUAUCAAGAACAUCAUAAACAAUUUAGUACAAGUGAUGGUAAUAUUUCUCAUCAUUUGAUACUUCAUCCAAGCUAUCUCAGAGCAUUCAUGAUGUUGUCUAUUGAUUUGCAUACAUCAAGAUGUGACUUGUAUGCUGUUUUUCAUAAAUCAAUUGAAUCAUCAUCAGAGACAGCAAGUCAAACACCAUUUAAUCUCAAUGAAAUUCAUAGUCUUAUUGAAGGAUUUGUUAAUGCCUGUUGUUUUCAUUUAUGGAUGGGUCUAUAUAGUCAAUAACAAUUUAUCAUUUUUUAUUAUAAUUAUUAUAAUUGUUACGAGUCAUUGUUGGCUGUUGAAAAAAAAAUUAUUUAACACAGAUUAUUAACAUGUAGGUACAUGUAAAUAUUAUUAAAUAUAUUAAUAAGUAUGUUUUAUUUUUCUUGUAUAAAUAUUAUAUUAAAAUUUCUGCAAUGAAAGAAAGUUAAAAUAAAAAAACA